AUGGCCCGCGCGGGCCUGGCGGGCGGUCACAUUAGCCAGAUCCCGAGCCUGACCAUAAACGGCCAUGUCAUGGAUCUCACCGACCCAGGGCCCAUGACCAAGUUCAACGACGACAGCUUCAAGACAAGACAGAGCACGCGGCGCCGCGCCAGUCACCGGAGCCAGUGCGCAGGGGGGCGCGAGUGCGUGACCUCCGCGUCGCUUGCCAUGGACCCGACGGGCAACGUCAUCGCCAGGUCUCCCGCAAAGUCCCACGCGGCAGCGUUUGCUGCGCGAGGCCAGCACCUCGGGUCGAGGGCGCACCGGAAGCGCGACCGCGAGGAAGAGUUCGCGCGAAACGAGGCGGGCAAGGUCCAGGGCAAAGGGAAGCGGCCCAGGCCAGAGGGCUUGGAAAGGGCUGGCACCGGCAGCAGACCUCUGCGGAGGCGCAGCUUUUUCAGCGCCUACGCGGUGCACGUGAUGGUGCGCGACGGGCCGCUGUACGUCUUCCUGCUGCACGCCUGGUUCUUCGCCCUGCACUUUAUACAGGGCCCGCCGUGCGAGCACGUGGACACGAGGCUCCAGCGGGUGAUGCUGGAGUACGCACUGCUGGGCAACACGCUGAGCGUUUUCUGCUUGAUAUUCGCGAACUGGCGCGCAGUG